AUGGCGGACAUGGAGGGACCGUACGUGUCGCUGGCAGAGUUCAUGGCAGCAGAGCGACUGCGAGCUUCGCUUCCUCAUGCUACUCCCGUCACUCACUCCACUCCGACACCAAGUUCCAUGCAUUCUUCGCUGGACAUGCUCGACAAGACAGAGCAUGCAUUGAGGACCCGAAGUUACAACAAGUUGAAUCAUCCUGGCGGGCAGGACGGAGGGCUCAGGAGGAAGACCAAGUCGAAAUCUUACAAUCCCCCACCUUCUAAUAAGCAUCCUGCGCUGCCAUUGCGAAGCAAGUCCUCUGCCCUGCACCGCGGUGUUUCUCCACCCCGUCCUUCAUUGCCGUUCCAUGACAGCACUUUUGCUCUCACUGCUACUGCCCAGCAUCAAGUUGACAGCCCCAACUCUACCUUCCUCGAGCCUCUGUCGCCGCUGCUUGUGUCGCGGCCUGCAACUUGUAUAUCCAUGGCGACAACGAUGAGUUCUUCGGAAACAGGGUCCAUGAUGAAGAAGGCAGAGGUGAGGAAGGAGGACAAGGGCUCUCAGUGCAGCAUGCAGGACCUGCAGGAGAUCGAGGGGACCCUGAGAAGAUACUUCUUCUCUCACAACCCAGCGCAGGGGGCUCUCCUCCCUUACCUCCACUCCCACAGCAGGUCCAAGUCCCCCCUGAGGAGAUCGGACGAGGCCAGGGAGGAGGCUGUGGAGGAGGGCGAAACGAGGCGUCCGGACGAGGACAGGUACUACAGCUGCAUGUCUUCACUCGGGAGCAGCAAGGGGCAUCAGCGACUGAGGAGGAGGAUCGGCUCCAGAGAGCCUGCCAUGACUCGGAUGUACUUCUAUGAAGUCCUAAUGACGGAAGACAGGACUUUCCCUAGGGUUGACUACUCGACCGACUACCGCAGGUUCUCAUACACAGACUUCAAGGUCCCCGAAGACGUGGGCCGUUCCAACAUCAGCCCGGAAGCGAUCGCAGAAUGGAUCUUGGAGGCGCAACCCCGCAAUCAAGACGAUGUCUACCCGCUGUUGGUGCUAUGCAAGGAUCUGGUAAGGAAAUACCAUCUGCGCGAGGUGUAUUACACGAUCAAGAAAGAAAGCUCGAUGAGGGAAGAGGUGGAAGAGCUGACUCGCAAGCUUCAGAGCUCGAGCCAGAAGAUCGACCUUCUCUGUCAAGAGAUCCGCGACCAGGACGCCAGCUACUCUCAGAGGGUCAGUGAGCUGACGGCAGAGAUCGGAUCGUUGAGAAUCAAAGUCGAAGAAGCUGAAUCGAUCCGACAGAGGCUGGAGGAGGCAGAAGCUGCCUUGAGGGAGGAGCGAGAGAAUUUGAAGAGAGUGGAGGAGAGCUCGAGCUCGAGCUCCAACAUGUACGAGAUGCAAGUGCGGAGCCUCGCCAAGAAGGAGAAGCAGUUAGAGGAGGAGAACUCAUCGCUGACAAAGGAGUUGAGGAGCGCGAGGGAGAACUACAUGACACUGGACCAACAGCUGCUGCAAGAGAGAAAGUUGUCGGAAGAACUGAGGGAGCAGGUGAAGCAGAUGUCAAACCUCUCUCCAGAUCAGCUUGUCCAGCUGAUUGAUCCUGCCAAGAGGCUGCCACUGCUGAAGACUUUGCUGGGCGAUGGGGAGCUGGUGGGGAAGUUGUCGAAGCUAGACGGACAGGAGAUGCCCGAUAAGUCGCAAGACAGUCUGCUGAGGUGUGUGGUAGAGGCGCUGGACGAUAGGGGCAAGAGCACAGGGAAGGUGAACCUUGACGUGGAGGGGGUGGAGCUGUACAACAGCGUCGUCGGGCUGCUGAGUCGGGACUUCAGGGAGUAUGAGAAGUUUGUGGGCCUGGUGGAUGUCAGCUCGACUGGCUCGCUCUCGUGGAAGAUCGUGCGGGACGCCAUGGAAUCGCAGGGGAGGGGCGGGCGAGUGACUGAGGCCCUCAAGCUGCUGCUCGACGCAGACGGGAAGGAGCUCGGCUCGAGGCUCUUCGACGUGUCGCUGCAGGGAGAGGAGGAGCUGGAGGAGCUGCUGGAGCUGUUCAAGCGCUGGUACGAGGGGAGAGGCAGGCUGCAGGGGCUGCAGGAGACGGACGAGGCGCAGCAGAAGCGGCAGAAGUACAACCUGUUCGACAUGACGAACCUGGAGGUAGAGCCCUUCCCGCUCGAGGAGACGCUGUGGAUGAUCGGGGAGAUCAUCGACUUCAAGUUCGAGGCCGACUACGAGAACGAGUCAGAGCAGCGUCCUCGCCUCAACCUCGUCAAGACCAUCCGCAGCUUCAUGGUCAGCAGGUUCGUGCACAAGAGCAGAAGCGACGAAAACACCAGGAGACUCUGCGCUGCCAUCCUGCGAUGGCAGGAGCAGAGCCCGCGGGUUCGCAUCUUCGGCAUCUGCAGCGGCAUGCUCGAGAUCGAGAGCCACUGGACGGAGAGGUCCGUCUGCGUCCUGAUGCUUUUCUGGCAGCAGCUCAAGGUGCUCAGUGAUCCCGGGCAGGAGUCGCUCCCGCCGGAGGAGCGAGGAGAGGGCUGGUCCAUCUUCGGCCCCUGGCUCGGAGCAGCAGACAGGAUGGUGGCAGUAGAGCAUGUCAGACAGUCGGUGCAAGCAGCUUGCGACUCUCCCUUCGCCUUCGGACCCAUGGAAGGGUUCGAGGAGGCGCUGGAGAAGGAGGAGCAGGGCGGGCGCGUGUCGCUGGACAGGAGCAGCGAGCUGUUCAUGAGCUGCUGGUUCGACCAGUUCGACCGGGCGAAGCAGAAGCUGCGGGAGCUGUUCGUGGCCUUCGACGUGAACCACGACGAGACGCUCGAGAUCUCAGAGUUCAUCCAGCUGCUGCGAGCGACGCCGAUGAGAAUCCGGCAACAUGACGCGAUCAACCUGUUCAACGAGCUCGCGGGACCUGACGACACCAUGGACGAGGAAGAGUUUGCAGAGAUACUCGUCUUCUACAAGUUCAACACCCGACAUUUGCUUUCGAUAUCUACAGAGAGAUGA